AUGGCACCGAAAAAAGUAGCAGUUUAUGGGGCCGUUUCCAAUAAUGAUGUUAGCUGUUUAAAUAAAACUAUCGAGGAUCUGACAACUAAGAAAUCUACGGAUGAUGAAUCUGCUACUGCCGAUAGGCUAUUAGCAGAAAAUAUUGUAGUUGUUGCUGGGUUCAAGACUGAAUUCAUUAAGGAGGUUCAUAGUCAUGGAAGGAAGGGGACAGGCAGACCUCGAGUACUUAAAAUUCGUCUCGAUAAGCAUAUGGCCAUGUCUGUUUUGCGUAAUAAGGAUGUGCGCUCCAUCGUUCCCCCUGGAAGUUUUUUGCGAAAAGAUCUGACGAAAAGAGAAUUAUUGCUAGAUAAACAGCUGCGAAAAGAAUGUUAUACACGAAAUCAAAGUUUCAAUCUGAAAAAACUCAUACUAACUGAUAACCCAAACAAUAUUUCCUGUAUCAAUGAAACGUGGUUGAAUGACUCUAUUGAUAAUCGCGAACUAAACUUUGACGGCUUUAUAGUAUCACGCAAGGAUAGAACAAUAAAUAGUUCAAAUAUUCGUGGAGGUGAGCUUAUCAUGCUUAUUCCUGAUUAUUAUAAAUUUAUAACUUUCGAUGAUUAUGUUUGUUCCCCUUUUGAAUCUUUGAUAAUUAAAAUUUAUCUUAAAUAUAACAGAAAUAUUUCCCUUUUAAAUCUAUACCGCCCACCGGGCUAUGGAAGCAAAUUCACUAGGGACCUUUACAACUUGUUACUCAAAUCAACAUUAAUUGGCACCGAUUAUAUAAUUGUUGGUGAUCUUAAUAUGCCAAACAUAGAUUGGGAAAAUAGUUGUUUAAAAAGUAGCAAUAAAUUUGAAGAGGACUAA